GUAGGUUUCUCUCUCUGCAACAUUUGCACUGAUUUUUUUACAUAGUCUGUGUUUGCUUGUGGUGAUUUGUAACCAGCUCCUUGCUGCCGAGAGUAUCUGUUGUCAUUUCAGUACCCUCCCCCCCGGAAGAAUGGCGCCAAGAAAAGGCAACACCUCAGAAGACGAUUCUAUAUCCCUGUCAGUUGUCAAAGAACUACUAGAACUACAAGAGAGGAACUUCAAAUCAUUCUUGGACACGAUUAUGGAGUCAACACACAAGAGAAUGGACAAUAUUAUACGUGAAGUCCAAGAGAUCAAGGACAGCCUACAAUACUCUCAAAAGGAAAUCGACGAAAACAAAAUCAACCUACUCCGACAUAUACAAAAGGUAGAGGACAUAGACACAGAAAUAACUCUACUCAAGAAAGACAUCACCGCAAACGACACCAAAGUUGACUACCUGGAAAACCAAUCUAGACGAAAUAAUAUAUUGAUUGACGGAGUCGCUGAUACAAAGGACGAGACUUGGGAGCAGUGUGAACAGAAAGUAAGGGAACUAGUCAGGGAGAAACUGAAGCUAGACCCAAAACAGAUAGAGAUCGAGAGAGCGCAUAGAAACGGACGGUUCAACGACGGAGGACGACCACGCCCAAUUGUAGCAAAGCUACUAAGAUACAAGGACAGAGAUCAAAUCAUGAAACGAGCAAAAUACCUGAAGGGAACCCACAUCUACAUUAAUGAGGACUACUCAGAGAAGGUGAGACAGAAGAGGAAGGAACUGAUCCCACAGAUGAAAGCUGAAAGAGAACGAGGAAACAUCGCGUACCUGAAGUUUGAUAAACUCGUUGUACACCCACCUGGGGAGGGAAGAACAGAUCGCAGACGCACAAGAGCCGACUCCAGACAUUGAAGACACGAUUGGAAAUUCCUGAACUGUUUCCUGUGGAAAUUCCUGAACUGUUUUGAGCUAAGUCAAGUAAACCUUGAACACCCAUCAUGAACUCAAAACCCCACAACCCAGCACCCUGAUAUUUAACCCUACUGAACUAAAUAAUUUAGACAAUAAGUCACAAAUUUCCCCACUGGAUCCUGAUACAAACUUUCUUAACGACUUUUAUACUUCUAUAAAUACAUCUUCCCAAUAUUAUACUGCUGAAUCCUUUAAUAAAUCUUGUAACAUGUCCUGUUGUAACACUCUAUCUCUGU